AUGGUCGCGCGAUGGAGCGCUCUGGUCCUCGCGAGCCUCGUUGCGGCGCCAACGCCGGGGCGCGCCUACGGCGUCCUGUACAACGCCUCGGCGCCGACGGUCAAUUGCAACGGGUCGCCGAAGAGCGGCACGACUCUGCUGGAGUACAUCGUCUAUAGCCUGUACGAGCGGUCGGGGAGGACAAGCGCCCGUUGCGACCUGCGCAACAAACACUCGCUCCCGGCCGCGCUGCCGCCGUUCCAGGACUUUAGCAGCCACAUAGACCCAGCGUUCAGCGUUUUGGCCAAGUGCAAGAUCCGCGGCGUCCAGGACCUCUGGAGCAAGGCCUGCGUGAGCCGCCGCUACGUGAACGCGUCCGAGCUCGCGGAUCUGCGCUUCCUCGUGAUCGUCCGCGAUCCACGAGAUACGACGCAGUCGUGGAUCGAGUGGAGCACGCAUCCCCGCCCCGGCGCCAACCCCGGGAUGCAUCCACACUUCGCCAAGUGGGCGACGGAGAAUGCCGCGAUCAUCUCGCUGCGCUACGUGUGGGCCCAGGCGCUUGGCGUGACGAACCCCACGAUGGUCAUCUUCUACGAGGACCUGAUGGCGGACAAGGUCGCCCAGAUCUUCCGCAUCGCGAGCUUCCUUGACGCGGACGUCGGCCUGGAGGACGUCCUCGCUAUCGUCAACGCGACCGAACCUGACCACAUGCGCGAGGAGGGCAUCGAAGUCGGCCGAGGGCAUCAAAAAGGGGGCAUCGUGAGCAAGAAAAUCGGCACCCACCACUGGCGCUCGAUCUACGACAACGCCACGGUCUGCCUGGCGACCAAGGGCCUCGUCGGCCGCGCGCACCCCGCGCUGCGGCUCCGCUGGCUCCGCGACCAUCCCGACGACCGGCGCUUCCUCGACGACCCGGGCGCAUCCUGCGGCGAUUGA